UUAAGUCAUCUGUUCGUUUUUAAGUAUUUUUGUUUAAAAUAUUUAUAUAUUUUGUUGUUAAGUUGUUGUUUUUUUCACUGAAAGACAACAUGUCCAGUGUAAUCCAUCCUCCUGAGAGCAUUUAUAACCUUCUUGCCAGAGAGGAGAGGAAAAGAGAAAAAGCUCCCAGGUACACAUCAAAGUUCAGAGAGCAGGUAAAGCAGGAGAAGCAGCAGAACAAAACCUUCAGCAAAACCAUGGGUCCGCCUAAAGUGGAGGUACCUUCUCCGGAGAAAUACCUGCUGAAACACUCCAGAGAGCCCAAACUGCCUGAAAAGAAGCCUUUCUCUUACGGAGACGACGUCCAGCCCAGGAAGCCACCCGUACCUGCUAGGACCGAGCAGCCACUCAUGGGCAUCCGCACCAAAAGAGACUUUGUGAGGAGUAACGCGGUGGAGAACAAAAUGGCAGUUCCGCGUAAACCCCAGCCCAUGUACACACACACCAAACAUGGAGACAAGCAGCUGCUGGAGAACUCGGGCCUCGUUCCAAAGUACCUCAAGAAAAAGGAUUAUGGUCAGACCCCAGAGUACCUGAGCCAGAGGCAGGAGGAGGUGAGGAGAGAGCAGGAGGAAUACGAUCAGUACGUGAAGGAGAGGAUGAAAGAGGGAGCCAUGAAGCAGCUCUCUGAGGAGGAGCGCCUGGAGAUACUGCACGGUCUGAAGAAGAACUGGGACGAGCUCCAUCAUCAGUACCAGGGCCUGUCUCUGAUCACGGAUACGCUGCCCAAGAAACACAUGAAGGAGCGACUGGAGUCAGAAAUGAAGCAGCUGGAAAAAGACAUCGAGCUGAUGGAGAGAUAUAAAACCAUCUACAUCGCCAAGAUCUGAUCACAACAUGCCUAACUGCAGCCGUGAAGAGGUUUAUUAAAAAUAUGAUCCAAAGCAAUCCAAAGAGCAAUAACGAACCCAGAACACCAACAGAGUUGUAUGUUACGUUAAGCCUUUAUUCAUCAUUCAUACAUUACUGCACAGUGAAAGGCUUUCUUUGCAUAUCUCAGAGCGCAGGGUCAACGCCCCUGGAACAGAUAGGGUUAAGGGCAUUGCUCAAGGACCCAACAAUGGCAGCCUGGUGGAGAUGGGGCUCGAAUCGCUGACCUUCCGAUCAGUAACUCAGUGCUUUAACCCUCUAAGAUACCAAAACCAAAAAAAACAAUAACAGAUGCAAGACCCAGACAAACUAAACAAGAGAGAGCUUAAAUAAGGGCACUUAUUAGGAAACCUAACUAGUUUCAGGUGAAAACACUCAGUAUAACUCUGUUGCAGUGCAACCUGGAAAUGAGGUCCAAACACCAAACAUGAAAUUUCUGGUUAUUUCUGACAAAUACGGGUGGUGGAGCAGAAUUUGGAUGGUGGAGCAAACUUAAUGUCCCGAAUAUGGGUGGUGGAGCAAACACAAUGUCCUUGAAUUUGUGAAUGUCCAUUUGUAUACUAAGCUCCUUUGCUCUCUGAUUUACAUUUUAGGCAUUUGGCAGACGCUCUUAUCCAGAGCAACUUACAUUUUUAUUUCAUUAUACAUCUGAGCAGUUAAGGUGGCAACAGUGGCAACUUGGUGGUCGUGGGGUUUGAACCUGGGAUCUUCCGAACCGUAGUCCAAUGCCUUAACCACUGAGCUACCCCAAAUCCCACUGAUGGAUGGCACACAACCACUGCUGAUGGUCUUCGCCCUCUGCCCUCCACCGUCACUUGGUAUGAGGGUUUGUCCUGACCCCGAACACAUUCCUUGUCAUGCUGCGUAACAAAGGGUGCACAUCUUGUUGUGAGCCGAGUACCUUCCCAGCUCGGCUGCACUGCUCUCCCAGUCUCCCUUCACACUUGGCAUUACCUCUGGCUUGACGCAGGAUUGCGAGGUGUCUGCUUGCAAAGUCUGGUAUCCUUGCUGGGGUUAU